ACACCCCUUCCUCAGGUCGACACUUUUUUCACGACGCCCAUACGAUCACCUUCCUUGACUCCGCUACUGCAUGACUGACGCAGCAGGGAUGGCGGGACGUCUGAGGCUUCUCUUAUUACUCCUUUCAUUCGUGAGUAGCGAUUAUGCGUCCCAGGAUCACAGUUUCAAACAUGAGUCCAGUUUCAACCAAGAUUUAAGUUUUGAUUUGGCUCAUUUUGGCCGCCAAGAUCCCCAGCCUCUCGAAUACCCGUGCCCGGACAAGAAUGACAUCAAGCCGUGUGUUUGCCUCAGCGGCGGAUUUAUGAUAAGGGACCUGCACUGCUCCGACGUGGCCAACGAGACACAGCUGGCCCAGGUGUUCAGUGCCAAGUUCCCGUACCGCCACUUCCGCUCCCUCGUGAUGGUGGGCAACGCGGGCGUGAGGGAGCUGCGGGCGGGCGUGUUCGGUGAUUUGACGUUCCAAGAGCUACGGCUGGUGUCCGGUGUGCUGGAGAGGGUGGAGGCCGGGGCGCUCGCCAAAAGCCACGACACUCUCAACCUGAUGCAUUUCUACUACAACAAUAUCUACGACUUCCCCCUCGCAGAGCUUGCCUCCUUCACCAAGCUGCGGGAGGUGCGGCUGUACGGCAACAACUUCUCUCUCCUUCCGCCACUCACGUCCCUCUCGCUGGAAAUCUUCAGCAUUGGGUACAACCCACUGAAGAUCAUUAACGGGACCACCUUUGCUGCCACGCCCGCCCUGCGAGAGCUUCACCUUUACGGCGUCAACCUCACCGAGUUGCAGCCAGGAAUAUUUGGCGAGCUGCCUAACCUCUCGUUCUUGAGUCUGAGAGAUAACCACCUUACCACCCUUCCUGACGCGGCCGUGACUCUGGGCAGAGUGGAGGAUGGCCAAGUGUACCUGCAGAACAACGACCUCAUUUCCGUGGCUCCCAACGCCCUCACAGGUCUUGGCGGCGGCUGCGUGUACCUGCAGGACAACGCGCUGGUGGAGGUGGCGGAGCUGACGUGGCGGCCGCUGCUUGAGGCCAACGUCACCCUCGACCUCAGAAACAACCCGUUAUCGUGCGGGUGUGAAGUGGCCUGGCUGGUGCUGGAUCCAACCCUUCUGACCCACCUUGAACCAGAUUCCACGUGUCAGGACGGGCAGAAGCUGACUGACAUCGACCCUGCAAUCUUCGAGGAGUGCUGAGCAACCUCACCUGUUCUUGCACUUACCAUUUAGAGUCACGGUCAGAAAUCUGUUAAGGUGUCACUCUUUUUAACUUUUUUUCAGCAUCAUCCGUCUUAAGUUCUCUUUUUUUUUUUCUUAUGUAAGAGGCGCACUGGUCUAGGGCAACAAAAAAAAAAAAAAGAAAAGAUCCGCUGAGGUGCCAGUUCUUACUGAAAGGCCAAAAAGGAAAAGUCAGAACUGGAGGAUAAGUAGCUUGAAAUCUUCCUCUUGAAAGAGUUUUCUUACAAAACCUGUCAAUGAUAGAUUCUAGGGAAGCAAGUGAACCUAAGAAGCAGGGAAGAUACAAAACACGCGUCUCAUUCUUUUCCACUUUCUUAAGCUUUUUUCUUCAAUAUCUGACCUAUUCUCUCCUCACAAAGCUUGACAACUUGUGUAUUCUAAGGAAAUCAGUAACCUUAUAGAAGAGCACAGCACAAAACACGGUGGAAGUGAGUGUGGCAGGGUACUAGACAUCUGACCAUGACUGUACUUGCUGUUCGUAUCUUCCUUCCAAUGGAUUUAUCGCUAUAUUUUGCCAUCACUGGUUUGCUUCAUUGUUUUAAUCUGAUUCUCUUAUGUCUUCAUUUCCUCUUAUUUUCUCGAUCUUUUUCUGUUAUUGUCAAGCGUUUCUUUUUUUCUUUUUCCUAUUUAUUUCUCUGAUGUGUUCUUUAUAUCUUUGCAUUAUCGGAAAAUAAUACCUUCUUUGUAUCCCGAUAAUAAACAAAAACACCUCACCAAAUCUUUCUGCUUUAAGGGCUCCGCCGAUGGUUGCUUGCUUUGAUAUAAAUUUCUUAUUUCCUCUA